AUGGGAAGUACUGCGUCUCUUUUUCGAUCAAGCAGGGACCUCACUCUGUUGGCAUGUAGCAUUAAUGGCCUAGCGCUUCGCUACGCGACCCCAGUUUUACGCAAGGACUCGGAUUUAGUCCGGGUUGCAGUGUCCAGGGAUUGGCGAUCUUUACGCUUCGCAGAUGUACUCCUAAGAUCCUCGCUGGAGUACGAGGACAUUGCUGAGUGUGCAAUCAGGCAAAACGGAUGGGCCUACAAGUAUCUUCGAGGCGACCUUCAACACAGUAUUUCCAUGAUCAAGCUAGCCGUGGAGCACAAACCGUGGUGUCUCCGUUGUGUUCCUGCGGAAGUGCGGGCUUCAUCUGCCGAAAUACUUGCGAGAGCUGCAGCAACGGACGGAGUUCCCGCACUAAAAUUUUGCGCGCAGCGCCUGCAAACAAAGCAAUUGCUGCAAGUGGCGGUGAAGUCGAAUGGACUAGCGCUGAAGUAUUGUUUGCCCGAGCUUGUUGAUAGUAGUAUUGUGGAGCUCGCUGUGCUGGAAAAUCCAUACGCUCUUCGGUUCGUAACAGACGAAGCACUCAGAAGUGACGCUGGCAUCCUACUGAAACUCCUUCGCGGUCCGAGCCCGAUGCUGCGAGCUUCUUGGCAUUUUCCAUGGAAAGGAACGACAGAUAGCUUAGCUCUUGGCUUUGGGAGCAGGCACUGUGUACCACAAACCGGGGGAAGUCCUUCAAUUUUUCCACUCCCAUUUUUUUCCGCCAAAGAUAGAAGUGGCUCGUCACAGUCUUGCGGCGACGAACUCGCUAGUGAGAGCGCGGCUUGUUCUGAACACAAAUGCACGCCUUCCUGCGGUUGUUCCGCGUGUUUGCUCGCUAGUACAAAGUGGAAUCGCACGCCAGCCCGAUUUUCGAAAUGUUUGCGAGCUACCACAAAUGAAACGGUGAGGCGACACGCAUGUCUCUUGCAGCGGUACAUUCAAGUCGCCGACUUCUGUGGAGAUGGAGAGCACAUCUGUAACGCAGUUUGCCACCGGCAGGGGCACUUCUACCCCACUACUGACGAGUUUACUGAGAGCAAUGAUGUUCUCACAGCGCACUUCGAGAACCUGCAGGAGGAAGAGUUCGCUUCAGUUCCAGAGGAUCUUCCUGCCUUAAUCCUACAGAAAGGGAAGCAAGCUGAUCUCUGCGAUAACACGGAACUCAUUCGCCAGUGCGUCAAGCUUGACGGACUUUGCCUCGAGCACGCUAGUCUCCGACUCCGUUGUGAUCGCGAAAUCGUCCGAGAGGCAGUCGCUCAAAACCAUGACGCGCUGCUUUUUGCAGAAGGUGACCUGCGUCGAGACCCAGAAUUUAUUGUGGAACUUAUGGAACACGCGUGCGCA